AUGAAGUACAACCAACUUUUUACAAUCCACUUGGCAGUAACUAUCAUUGCAAACGAUGUUCAUUGCUUUACAAUUGAUUCUAAAGAUAAAAUCGCUCCGGAACCAGGGACGAUAGUUGUGAGUGAUAAACAAGUCUUCUUACCACUCGGAUGGCCAGCCAAACUGUUAUGCGAUUCAGCUUAUAAACUUGAGGAUAUUAAUUUUCAAAGAACGAAACCACCAACAUGGAAAGUUAGAUUUCCAAGCGGUGAAGAAUUAGUUGCGAUUGAAUCAGGAAGUAAAGAAUUGGAUAUAUCGGAUAGUUCUUUGAAUAUAAGUCCAGCAACACAAGGAUUAGAUGGAACUAUAGUUGAAUGUAUAGUUGAUCGCUCUGGAAAUACCAGUCUCCUCUCUAGAUAUCGAGUGGAGACCCAGGAUUGCAAAUCGCAGUCUCCAGAAGACACUAACGCCUACAAUUUGCACAAUCCAUGUGCUUAUGGAAAGUGUCAAGUAGUGAGAAAAGUCGUAGAAUGCCUUUGUUUCAAACAGUACACUGGAAGACACUGCGAUAUUGAAAAACCAUCAAGCACAUUGCUGGAUGUUCUUCCAUACUUGAUGGCUGUAGCCUUUCCCAUUUUGUAUUUUGUUAUCACUUUCGUAUUUUCACUCGUCCAAGAAGAUAGAAAACAAGAAAAGUUGAUGGGGAUCUCUGAGUUAAUUGGACACUCGAAUCGAAGCACUUUCCAACAUUCUACUAUUUAUCCAUUUGUUCGAAAACUUCGAAGAUGUGAGUUCUCAGAAAGUGAAGAUUCAGAAGAAGAGGAUGAAAGUGAGGAGCAAUUUAUGGAUACCGUUCAAAACGCAUAUCAAUUAAUAAGAGACGGCGUAUUUUCUGACACUGAUUCCAAAGGAGCGGCUUUACCUGAAAACCCUGCAAUCAAAGCAACGAACGCGGAUGCUGGAAAUACGACGGGAGGAACAACUGUUGAUGUAUCUACCACAGGAAGUGCAAUGAAUACUGUUUCUGGAACAAUCUCUGGAACAAUUUCGGGAGCAAUGUCUGGAGCAGCAACAUCAAAGAUUCUUGAUGCAGCAGGAUCCCAGGGUAUCAACAGUAGAAGAACAAAUAAAAAAAAAGGAAAAGAGCCCAAGUCUAAAGCUGAACCAGCUAUCGAACCGAUUCCAGAAGUAGUUGACAUUCCAUUCGGAAAUUUCCCAGAAGAUUCUGUUAUUGGAUAA